AAAGGUCAUUCAAACCUGAACUGGAAGUUUGGAAGAAUUUGCUGUAUUUUCUUUAAUCACAUUCCUACUUUUUGCCAUUUUGUCUAAUUUGAUCUCAUCAUGGCUUUGAUGCCAACAUUUUUCGUGAUUGCGACUUCCCCUUCUCGAAGAGAUCGGAUUCCACAGCAGAGAUGUAGCUGGAAGAGAAAGGCAAGGGCUGAGAGCAGGAUUCCCACAACUGAUCGAGAAAAGAGGAAAUCUUUUCUACCCCAGCCUAAGACGUUCACCAAAGUUUCGUCAUCAAGCUCUCAGCCAUCACCACAACAACAGGGGGAGACACCAUCAGUACCCCAGAACCAACAGAGGGAAUCACCCACACCCCCCACUGUGGCGGAGUCAAACGUAAAACCCCCACAAGACAAUGACUCUGUCAUUUCGUCAGCACCGACCCUGGAUUUGAAGGUCGGAGACUAUGUUUGUAUCAGUGGGAAGAAGUGUGGUGUGUUAAGGUAUUAUGGCAGAACGCACUUCGUGGAUGGCACAUUCUGUGGGAUUGAGUUGAAUGAGCCUGAAGGGAAACACGAUGGUGAAGUAGGAGGGGUGCGAUACUUCACUUGUCGUCCCAUGCAUGGUAUCUUUGCACCACGCAGCAAGGUCUCAGCAUUACCAUCUGAAACCCAGUCAGUAACUGAUUCUUCUUCAGAAACUGCACAACCACAAACGGAGACAGAGGUAAGACCAUCAGAUGGUGUCGAAAGCACAGAAGAAACGCCCCUGCCUUCAAGGUCAAGGCUGAUCAAGCCACGGAGCAUUCCCAAAGGGAUCUAUCAAGGGAAACGCUCACACUCUCAGUCACCAGAUUCUGAACAGGUCUCUCUAAGGAGACCAGAGGUCAGUGAGAUCGCUGUUGCAGACACAGAAUCUGGGGAGGAUACAACAGACAGUGAGGCACCCGCGUCAACUACAGAGCCUGGCAAAAAGAGCAAGUUUCAAUCUCGACUGGCCAAACCUAAAACUAGAUUGCCAGUUUCAGGAAUUCCCCAAAAAUCAAGUUCUCCACAUCAGUCUCGGGAUUCAUCGCAGGAAAGAGAGAAAUCGGUAGUCGGUAAAGAAUCUGAGAAGACAUCUCAGCCCAAUGUAGCAACAACACAAUCCAAACUCCCACAACGUAAAUUAUUUGGAACAAAGAGCUUUUUGAAUCAAACCUAUUCCUGUGAGGAGUCAUCUAUCUCUGACCAUUCAGUAGUGGAAGUGGACACUGGUCGACAACCUGUAACUGACCAGACAUUCAAUAAAGAUAGCCCAUUAUUGUCAGGGACCGUAUCUACCAAGGAACAAGAAUCACCAUGUUUAAUCACAGACAUCAAAAAUGUUACAGUAGACAUAAAUAAUUCCAAUAGUCACAGGGAAACACAGAUCACAACGCUGGAUAAAACCUAUGAAAAACUUACCUUUGACACCAAACUUCACUCUCAGGGCUCUGAAUCAGAUACACAUGUUCCAGAUUUGAGUUCCAUUUUGGUGGCUGCGGUGGGAUCAGAACAAACCACAGAGACAGCUGGUGGGGAACAUAGAAAACUUCCCGGAGAAUUGAACCUAACUUAUGAUACUGGUUCUGUGCAGCUAGCCUCCCCCAUUCCUGAUCUCCUGACCCCAUCAGCUUAUAUGGCUGCUGCUGGAUCUGAUACUGAACAAGAAGGUCCAGCAGGUUCAGAUGACCCAAGUGGCCUGAGUGUACUGAAGGGGUCAAGGCUGAAAUCGGGCAGUUCUGAGGGCACAGCAUCUACCUUGGACAACAGUCUGCAGUUCCUGAAGGGGUCCAGGUUGUUGACAGAAGAGUCUCAGUUGGGUAUAUUGAAGACUGAUGAACUGAACCAGACCAAUCUGCUUGCAGGUGGUCAACAGCCGCAAGAAGAUGGUCAUACAGAGGGGCAAACUGACACACUGUUCAAAGCCCCACCGAGUGCUGAGGCUGACUUCACACCUCCAAUCUUCUCAUCAACGCCAGCAGUGUUCAGGAUCCCCAGCGCCCCAAAAGCCCCUUUAUCCAUGACAGAUAGUAAAGAGAGCAAGGUGGUCGUCAAACUGUACAGCGACAAUUACAAUGACACAGGCACAUUUGGGAAACAGAAUGAAACAUAUGAAAAGCUGCCAACACCUGAGCCUGGAAGUAAUGAUAAUGUACAAGAAGGUGAUGUUUCAGUGAAAUCAGAUGCCAAAAGGUACGAGAAGGUCACAGGCGGUACAACUUAUAUAGAAAAAGAUACAAAGGUGACAAGGAAGAUGGAUACAAAAAUGACAAUGAUGACAGAUACACAGGAAAAUGACCUCACAGAUGGCGAGGAAGACACUUGUGAGAAACUGACUGAAAUACAAAUGGACUUGGUGGACGACAUUGACCAGGAAUGUCACGACCUUGAAGGUCAAGGUCACAUUACAGAAGAUGAAGAAGCAGAAAUGUUAAGCAGUAUGGAAAAGGAGUAUAUAGCUCAGACUCAGCGACUGAGUGAGGAAGAAACGAUGGAUGAAGAAGAGGAAGAAGGAAACACACUGUUCAAAGCCCCACCGAGUGCUGAGGCUGACUUCACACCUCCAAUCUUCUCAUCAACGCCAGCAGUGUUCAGGAUCCCCAGCGCCCCAAAAGCCCCUUUAUCCAUGACAGAUAGUAAAGAGAGCAAGGUGGUCGUCAAACUGUACAGCGACAAUUACAAUGACACAGGCACAUUUGGGAAACAGAAUGAAACAUAUGAAAAGCUGCCAACACCUGAGCCUGGAAGUAAUGAUAAUGUACAAGAAGGUGAUGUUUCAGUGAAAUCAGAUGCCAAAAGAUGGUGA